AUGGGUUCACUCAACGCAAAACAUAAUCAAGAUAACAACAAAAAAAGAUCAACUUCAUCUUGCCCUAAUUCAACUUUCAAUAUACCCUGCUAAAAUUCCCAAUAUUAGCUGAGAAUAAACGAUCAACAGACAUCCUAGAUCUAAUGUCUGGAUUAAGGCUCUAUUCAGUAGUAUAAGAACAAGAAAACUCGUAAAUAAUCAGAUCAGUCAUCUAUCAAUUCGCAGAAAAAAUUGAUUUCAAAUAAUAAAACUUAGGUUAACACUACAAUCGGCAAAAUUUCUCAAGGGUCGCACGCUUCUCAAGCUUCUACGAAAUUAUCUGAUCAACAUUUCUCUUCUACACACAGUGAUAGCCCCUAAUAAUAGUAAUUUACAGAUUCUCAGAAAAUUUAGGAAACUAAGACUAAUUGCACCAAAGCAAACUAAAACAUGAUGAACCUGAAUCAAAAUAACAAUUAUUACGACCCUCACAAUUAAACAUAAGACUAGGAUAAUAACUACAGGGACAUUAUGAUUCAAAGGUACUAAUAGCUUCUUGAGCAGGUACCGACAUGUGACUAUUAGGAUAGAGAAGUCUUUGAACUAGGCUUGUCUAGCUAGGUGGCACCUGAAUACGCAUAGGAGAUAUAUCAGAAACUUCUCAGAUAAGAACAGGUUAAUCAGCUAAGGAACUAUCUUAUUAAGUGCUUUAACUAGUAAGACUACAAAAUUGCAAAAUCUUUGAGAAAUGAGGGAGCCAAACGAAUCUUAUCCUUAUGCAAAGAGAAGGGUUACAAAUAGGAGACUCACUUUCUCGCUGUAAACAUUAUGGAUAAGUUCCUCGCUAUAAAGCUUUAUCAGUAAAAUGCCACGACUAUUCUGAACUAAGAGUAACUUCUAGUGCUGGUAGUUACUGCUACUAUUAUCGCUGCUAAGGUAGAGUAACCUAUGACCCCCUCUAUUAAUAGAAUGAUUAAGUUGCUCAGUGAUGAUGAAAGAGACUAUGUGACCAAGGAGAAGGUCAUUAAAUGCGAAGAGGAGAUACUUAUCAGAUUUGACUUUGAUUUCAACAUUCUUAGUCCUUAACCAUUUGUUGAGAGAUUCAUGAGGCUUUCAGAACUUCAUAAUGAACUAUUCAUAGAUCUUUUAUAGUUUGAAAUUCUUAAAGUCAUAUCUUCCAAUUUGGAGUUUCUUGACUUUGACAGAUCUUUAUUAGCAGCUUCUACUUUAACAUUAUGUAUCAAUCUAUUAUGCCUUAACAAAUGCCAAAUACUAAGCCAGAGUUAGGGAUAAACAUAGAGAGGCAUAAAGUUCGAUCUACAAUAAUGGAAUGAUAAAUUAGAGUAAUUAACAGGUAUUAAUUAAGAUGCAAUUAGAGAGCCCUUUGAAAAGCUUUCUAAGAGCAUUAAUAAACUUAUAUUUUCAAAAGACGAUAAUGAAAUCAGAAGGUUUAUGCAAAAUAAACUACGUUGA